GGGGGCCUGCCUGCCGCUUGUCCCACGGCGCUAGGAUCCGGAAGGAAAGGUGUGCGCGCGGCCGCAGCACUUGUGGGCGGAAGAGAGGGGUCGCCGGGCCGGCUCGCGCACUUGUUGGGUGUGAUUGAGCGCGCGGGGGUCUGAAUGCCAGGACGGCGCGAGGGAGGGUGGCGGCGGGUGGGCGGGGCGCGCGCGCUUGUCCUCUGGUGGUUGGAGCAAGUGCUAAGCGUAGUUUCGUCAGGCGGGCGGAGACCUUGGUGUGUGCCGCUCUGAGCAGCUGGCUAGAGGCGGCGCCGGGCGGGCGGGCUGCCUGCGGCUGCUUUCCUUCCUCCUCCUUCUCCUCCUCCGGCGGGACUCCCCCGGCCCGGCUCAACGUUGUGAUUGGGUGGAAGAUGGCGCUGCGCGGAUGGAAAUCCUAAUGACAGUCUCCAAAAUCGCCUCCAUCUGUACCAUGGGCGCUAAUGCCUCAGCCUUGGAGAAAGAGAUUGGUCCGGAACAGUUUCCCGUCAAUGAACACUAUUUUGGAUUAGUAAAUUUUGGAAAUACUUGCUACUGCAAUUCAGUUCUUCAGGCACUGUAUUUUUGUCGUCCAUUUCGAGAGAAAGUCUUGGCAUACAAGAAUCAACCCAGAAAGAAAGAGAAUCUCCUCACUUGCUUAGCUGAUCUCUUCCACAGCAUAGCCACCCAGAAGAAAAAAGUGGGAGUGAUACCUCCAAAAAAAUUCAUUACAAGAUUGCGGAAAGAGAAUGAACUUUUUGAUAACUACAUGCAGCAAGAUGCACAUGAGUUCCUGAACUAUCUACUGAAUACAGUUGCUGAUAUUUUGCAAGAAGAGACAAAGCAGGAAAAACAAAAUGGGCGUCUCCCUAAUGGCAGCAUUGACAGUGAAAACAAUAAUAGUCCACCAGACCCAACAUGGGUUCAUGAAAUCUUUCAGGGAACGUUAACCAAUGAAACAAGAUGUCUGACUUGUGAAACAAUAAGUAGCAAAGAUGAAGAUUUUUUAGAUCUUUCUGUCGAUGUGGAGCAAAAUACUUCAAUUACUCACUGUUUAAGGGGUUUCAGCAAUACAGAAACCCUGUGCAGCGAAUAUAAAUAUUACUGUGAAGAGUGUCGCAGUAAGCAGGAAGCACAUAAAAGGAUGAAAGUGAAAAAACUGCCUAUGAUUCUAGCACUUCAUCUGAAGAGAUUUAAAUACAUGGAUCAGCUACAUCGAUAUACAAAACUCUCAUACAGGGUGGUGUUUCCCUUAGAACUUCGGCUAUUUAAUACAUCAGGAGAUGCCACUAAUCCUGAUAGAAUGUAUGAUCUUGUGGCUGUGGUAGUUCAUUGUGGAAGUGGACCGAACAGAGGACACUAUAUUGCAAUAGUGAAGAGUCAUGAUUUUUGGUUGCUCUUUGAUGAUGACAUUGUAGAGAAAAUAGAUGCUCAAGCUAUUGAAGAAUUCUAUGGGUUGACAUCGGACAUCUCAAAAAACUCUGAGUCUGGUUAUAUCCUCUUCUAUCAGUCUCGGGACUGAAUGAGAUCUGUGGUAAAGAUGACUUUCUGCCUCGCUUCUUUCCUAGCUAUUGUGGAGAAGAGAAAGCACUGAUUUUAUUUUAUUUUUGAAACACAGGAAUGCAAGACCAUGGGCCUGAUCCAGCAGGGCUGUUCUUAUGUUCAGGGAGUUGGAGUAAUAGCACAGUUUGCACAGAACAAAGCCAAGGUUUCAGAGAGGCUGUCUUACACUCUUCAUAUCAUGUUCAUUUAAUUUGCUCAGGUGUCACAUUGACAAUGCUGGUAGUGGACAGUGGGAAUGGAGAUGCCAGCCACACUCGUAAGAGCUUUUCAUUAAGCAGCUAAAACUGUCUAGAAGACUUUGAUCAAAAGUCCAUUCAAGUCAGUGAAAAUAUGUUCACAAUCUUCAGUUUGAAUUUUAGCCAAUGUUGUACUGGAAGCGAGUGCAACAGAAGCAAUAUAAAUCGGAUAUAUUAAGUUUUAUGCUUAUUUCUUGUUAAGAGUGCAAAUGAUUCUUUGUGCAUUGAUUUUUACCUGUUCUCAGUGCCUGGGUUUCUUGCACACCUAAUUGGAGAGAGCUAGCCAAACAGUUGCCUUCCUGGCCAGAAUAAAUUAAUAAAAAUUGAUACUUAAAGUAGAAUCAAGAAGGCAAGCAUGUUUUGCUUCUUUUAAGAAGCUUCCAUUACAGUAAUAUGUACCUCUAUGAUUGGGAAUAGCUUUGAUGUUUAAAAUCCCUAUGGGGAAGAACUUUGCUUAUAACUAUAGUUUAUUUUUAUUUAUGCAUUACUGUUAACUUCUAGAAGUUCUGAAUUUUGUAUUCCUCUCAGUUCCAACAAGUUUUGGAACCUAGUUUUGUAUAUUAGCUUGUAUCAAAUUUAAAUAUUCUAUUUCAUUGCUCAUCUAAGAGGUUUAUUUUAUUUCCCGGUGAGGAUACCUUCCAAAUCUGGAAUAACUGGGAAGGAGAUGGGGUUCUGUGUCUUCUGAUGAGGAGCUGGUGUUUCAGGCUAUAUGUUUGACAUGGUUGAUUUAAGGUAGGGCUGCACAACUUUGGCCCUCCUGCGGAUGUUGGACUACAUCUGAGCCCCUGGUGUGGUCUGAGCCCCUGGAAUGAGCCCCUGGUGGUGCAGUGGUAAAACUGCCGCCCUGUCACCAGAAGGUUACAAGUUCGAUCCUGACCAGGGGCUCAAGGUUGACUCAGCCUUCCAUCCUUCCGAGGUCGGUAAAAUGAGUACCCAGAAUGUCGGGGGCAAUAUGCUAAAUCAUUGUAAACCACUUAGAGAGCUUCGGCUAUAGAGCGGUAUAUAAAUGUAAGUGCUAUUGCUAUUGCUACAUCUCCCAUCAUCCCUGACUAUUGGCCACUGUGGCUGGGGAUAUUGGGAGUUGUGGUAGGGGAGUACAUGCACAGAUUCCUUCAGUUUGAGUUCAAACUGGACUGAGAGCCAGUUCAAGUCCAACUGACCCCCGGUUUGGACCAUGUGUCAAACCGGUUCGGAACUGGUUCAGCAGUUCAAGGGAGCAUGCCUGAAAGGGGAAUCGGAUGAGGAUUCCCUUUUACAAGCAAGGGGGGAACCCUGCCUACCUUAAAGGGGGGGGGCUAAUGGGGCGGGCGAGAGGGCACCUGUAGUCUGAGAGCAGUGCUGCAGUGCGGCUCCUCCUCUCUGGACUUGGCCCAGUGCUCCAGUGCAGCCUGGCUCUGCCAUCCAUGCAUGCGCACCAGGCCAUGCUGGAUUUUCCUUUACAAAUAUACCCCCAAACUGGUUUGUUAGAACUGGGGCCGGUUCAGCUCAAAUUUAGACAGGCACCACUUUUGAGGGGUCCGGUUUGAGUCCAAACUGGUCAAACUGGGUCAGUUCUGCACAUCACUAAGUUGUAGGACAAAAACAGCUGGGGGACUGGAGUUGUGCAGUCCUCAUUUAAAUAGUAUGAAACUGAACUUUCCUCUAACACUGUAAAGCAGAUAACUUGUUUUGUUAGUGAGAUGCUGGAGCAUUAGUGGUGUGCUAUUAUUCUGUUCUGGGUCAUUUAAAGAAUUGAUUGCAAUAUAGGCCAGAGUUUUACAGCCUUAGCUUUCAAUAUGAUCGCAGAGACAAAAGUAUGUGUAAUUCUGUGCCCAUUAAUUGCAGCAUUAAUUUAAAAAUAUGUAAAAUAGCUUCAGAAUAUCUCUCAAUCUUUAAUCUGGUUGCAGUGGACAUGAAAAUCCCAUAUGUGCGUUGGAUACAGGAGUAAAAAGUUAAGGCUCCUUGCAGUCCUGUGAUAGCUUUUAUCAGUAUGUUUUUAAAUAUUAAGUUAUAUUUAAGACUUAAUUGAUCAUCAAAGCAACAGGUGAUACAGAACUAAAGUCUUGUGAUUGACACUUCCUUUCAUCAUCACUAUGUUGUCUGACAGUGGCUGAAUGUAACUUCUUGAUAAAAGCCUGAAUACACAUUCCCAGUAAGAGCAAUCAUGCCUUGAUAAUUUUGCACCCCUUUUCAGAAUGUGUGUGUGGGGUUUUAUUGUUUGAUUUUGGUUGGCAGUGUAAAACUGUGCUCUGUCUGCUGCUAUAGUUAAUGCAUUUACUUUAUCUUAUCUUUUUUAGCUCAGGAAAAUGAUUUUGCUUCAUGUAAUUGAACAGAUUUCUAACAGGGUCAAUAUGUGGGCUAUUUUAUCUAACGUGUAAAAGUCAUGUCCUGUUGUAAAGAUUUUUUUAUAAAGCAACAUUUUUGAAGCCUCGUCUUGGCCAGUAUUCUUCUUUUUCUUUUUACAUAUAAAUUACAUUGCUUAGCUAAAAUACCAUUAUUGUAAAGAUGAAUCUAUCAAGCCUUUGAAAAAAGUGAGUGGAUCGUGGUUUUUAAAGGGCUUUAUGUAAAAGUAUAUUGCAAUCUUAAACGUUUCUUCAGUUGUCAAAUAGGAAAAGAGUGAGAUCAGUAAAUCGAUCAUACCUUAUUGCAGGGUUUCUCAAACUUGGAUCCCCAGAUGUUCGAUUACAAUUCCCAUCAAUAUCUGAAAGCCAUUGUGGCUGGGGAUGAUGGGACCUGUAGUCCAACAUCUGGAGACCCAAAUUUAAGAACCCCUGCCUUAAUGCAUGCCAGAAAUGAUUAACAUCAUUUCCACAUGAUGAGAUAUAGAUAGAUAGAUAGAUAGAUAGAUCAAACCCAUCUUUAGCUUAAGAGAAAACUAAGGUGCCUUAAAUUGUCCAUCAUUCUCUUAAAAUGUGGAAACUGCAAGUUAUUGUGGUUCCUUUUUAAAAAAUAAACUAUACAAGUUAGUUUUAUAAAACAGCAUCCCUAAACUUUAUGGCUGCAGCGAGCUUGCAUGUUUGAAAUUUUAUUCCCUCACUUUAUAGCACUGUUUAAGUAACUUCACAUAUUAUUUUGUUAAAUAUACACAGAAUUGCCUCCUGCAGUUUAACACAAAUUUAAAGAGGUUGUUUGCAAAUCUUACGGAUAGUAAUAAUAAAACAACAACAACAAUCUUUAUUUGUUAGCCAUCCCAUAACAAAUUGUUCUCUGGGUGGCUCACAACAUAGCAUUAAAACAUGAAAUUAAAACAAACAAACCUGUAAACAGUAACUGAUGGAAGUGGGGCAAUUCCAGAAAUCCAUAGCUAACUAGAGACUUCCAUGUACAGAAGUAGUAUUACAGAAACAUGUUAUGGAGGAAGUAUUAUAAGAAUUAUUGUAUGUAAUCCAUUCUAUUAUAAUUUUGCAGAUGAACGUUCAGGGAAAGUUUAAAAAGAACACCAGCACAGGGACUCGGGUGGAGAACAGCAGUCUACCAGCAUGAGUAUAGUGUUUGGGUUUUUUAAGAAAAACUGAAAAAAGGCACUAAUUAUUAACUAGCUGGGCUGGGCGCAGAGCAUCUGCGCCUCUAGUUCUCCACCCGUUGCCACUGUCUUCUUUCCCCACCUGCUGCCGUUUUCUUCUCCACCUGUCCACUGCCACCGUUUUCUUCCCCUGUCCGCCACGGUUUCCCCUCCCAUCUUUCCCACCUCAUCCGCAAGCCUAUUCGCCAGUGCCACUGCUUUCCUUUCCCCCUGCUGAUAGCUCACUCACAAGAGCUGCCACACAUGGGAUUAGCGACGGGUACGCCUUAGAGAAAUAUAGAUAGAUAGAUGAGCCAGGAAGGCUUAAUUACAUUGGUUCUGUUUUCAGUAACUUUGGGAGCAAAGGCCAAGGGUGGGGGAAGAUAACCCAUGCAGGUCCUCAGUGGAGGGUGUGGCUACUCCCCCCCUCCCCACAUGUUGCCCUUGAAGUGUUUUGAAAAUUUUCUGUUGCAUUGUAAAGCAGAUGCUUUGCUCACAGGCAACCAUUUUAAGAAGGAGCAGCAGUCAAUCUUUUAAACACUUGUCAGUACUUCCUCCUCUCAGCACUGCCCUGAAAUCCUUAAUCUGUCAGAAUCUGAAAACGUUGCUCAGAGUUGAUUGCCCUGUGGGAGCUUAAAAGGCUGUUAACGUGCAAUGAUGAAUAGAUUUUUUAAAAAAACAAAAAAAUUGUGUUCUGCUACGGACCUGAAUUUUUGGACACAUUUAAAGGGUGGAGAUGGGGAAAGAUGUUACCCUUGGCUGAAUAUAGGUAGACAAGUGAAAUCGGCUUUUAGGGGUCAGUCUUUCUUAAAACUGCUGUGUCUGUAUUACUUUUCAAUGGAUGUGUAUGAAAUUUGGACAUGUGAAGUUUAUUGCAUAGCUGUUCUAUGCCAGUUUUUAGGCAGACUUGAUGGAUGGUUUGGAUUUUGACAAAUAGAGUGUUUAAUAUUUAUAAAGAUGGAAUGCAGUUUCUACAUCUCAUCUUAAGUCUGCAGGCACUACAAUGCCUGUAAAAUGUUGUAUUGAUAUCUUUAAUUGACCUUAGUAAAAUUGCAUUUAAGUAAUAUAGUAAGGUAAGUUCCUAAUUAUUUAAAACAGUCAUUUUAGUUCCUGAUACAAUUUUUACCAUCAGUUUCAUGAUACAGUACAACUUUGUCAGAUACCUCUUAGGACACAAAACUUAUUUAUAGUGGAGAAAUAUCCAGAAUGGUAUAAGAUGUAACAAUGUGACUUGGUCAAAAUGUUGGUUGUGCUGACACAGUUGAAUUUACAUGACCUUAAUCUUCUUGAAAUCAGUAGGAAAAGAUUCACUACAAAGUAAAAUGGUCUUAAUACUAUUGUCUCAGAGAACUAUCUCAAAGCACCCGAGGCUGUUUCAUUUCUAAAGAUAAAUGGAUCUAUUCAGUACCUGGAUUGGAAAACACCCUAGAAAUACCAUGUAUACUUUGAUAUUUUUGAAAGAAGAAUAGGAUUAAAAUGUAACUAAUUAAAGUAUAUGGUUAUAGUUUCUGGAAUACAGCCAUAUUGACUUUCCAGUGUGUUGACUCAAUAUGAGCAGAUUUGAGAUGAGAUUUUGAUGAGGAGAAACCUGUGUUAAUCUACUCCUGUUGUAUUUGUGUAUUUUUUGUUUUUAAGGUGACUGUUUCAGGGUACUGUUUGCCAGCUACUGCCUAAGGUUCAAAGAACUGCUUAGAUUCACUCCAGCACGUACACACAUACUUGACACAUUUUAACUUUUUUUUAGCUUUCUCCCUUCCACUAAUACACCUGACCUCCAUGGCAUAUUUCCUGCAAUGAGGAAGAAGUUGGACUAGACCUCCAAAAUCCCUUCCAGCUCUUAACAUUCUACGACAACUGUCUUUUGGAACUCCCCUUGAUCUUCAGAUCAGUGUGCCAUGGAGCAAGGGGAAUUGCUGUUCAUGAAGGACAAGUCAAAAUUCUUCUUGGGACCCAUGAAACAAGUUGUGUAGUUCUUUACUCCAAGUGUUCUUGGAAAUCAAAGGCUUUUUAUUUAAAAAAAAUGUUAAGACUUUCUUUGCAUCAAACCAGCUUUAUUUAAGAAGCCUGGAAAGCAUAACUGAUCAUGUGCAGUGGAUAAGCAUCUUUUAGGAUAUGAGGGGGAAAACAACUUCAGAUGGAAACAGAAUAUAAAUUAUCGUUAGGAUUCCAGUUCUGGAUUUUUAAAUAUUGAAUUAGAGCUUGUGUUAAAUAAAAUGUAUUCUCAGCAGGGUGUGUUGAGUGUUCUGUAAAUAACCUACUACUUUUUAUUUUAACUUUAAGCUUUGUUCUCAAACUUCAGAAUAUAUGUUGAUGUGUUACUUGGCUUUCUUUUAUGCAAUAAAUUAUGUUGCAGAAAAUGUGACUAGGAAUUUGCCAUACAGUGCUUCCUUCUAAUUGACAAAUUGUACAAAUGUGAAAAUUAUUUUACAAAAUAAUAAAAUUCAGGACAGUGGUGUUGACUUUA